GCGGUCACACAACGUACCAACUAUACAGAGGGUGGUUGUGUGUAGGGUCUGUGGCCAGCAAUGUGGGUGCGUUAUGGGUGCAAUUUAGGCUGUCCUAUAACUUAACACAAUACAUCCAUUCUUUUAUAUGAAAAGGAACACCCACUCGUCAACCAUAAACCAAAAUCCCAACCCGGUGUAUUACAAGAUGGAGUCACUGUCAGCGAUAAACACUCACAUCACGUUCACUGAAGUAUUUAGAUGAUACACACUGCUCGUGUAACCACAUCGAAGGGAUUUUUCAUGCACCGUGUUUCAAGCGGAUAUUCAACGGGACCGAAGAGCCUUUACGCCCGCGGAGUGUCUCAGCUCGCUACGGUGUGGUAAGGGAGAUAACAACCAUGGAAGGACAUCAACAACACAGUACAGAGAAGGGGGAACAGGCUUCCGGUUGUAUACGACGACACAGCCAUACAUGGACUUAUUUACGAUUGGGAGUUGUAUUAGGACUUGUUUUGUUAUUAGGAACUUGCACAGACACUGCACCUGCGACGAGCACUAAUGAACCCGGGGACGAAGAUGCGGCUUCACCGGCAAAUCUGGUCACUCCGGUACAGCUAAGAAGCGGAUAUAACUACCUUACAAAAUACGGGUUCUUACCGAAGCCCAACCCAUUGGCAGGGAGCCUACUAUCUCAUGAAGAGUUCAACGAAGGCAUCCGAGCAUUUCAGGAGUUUUACCGUCUUCCUGUCACGGGUGUUUUAGAUCAGUCGACUUCAUCAUUGAUGGAGUUACCACGGUGUGGUCUACCCGAUAUCAUGCCCGAUGAAGAUGGCACCAGAAAGAGGAGAUACGCUCACACAGGGGCUAAAUGGGAUCGUCGAGAAAUUACAUGGAAAAUUAGGAACUAUUCGCCCGAUUUAACAACCUCGGAAAUAAUUGAUGCAUUAAGGAAUGCAUUGCAAAUCUGGGGUGAUGCCAUACCAAACACAUUUAGGAGAGUCCACGUUGGCAGUGCAGACAUUGAAAUCAGUUUCUCUGUGGGACUCCAUCAGGACGACUAUCCCUUUGAUGGCCCUGGAGGAACGUUGGCUCAUGCUUUCUUUCCUGGAGACGAUCUCGGAGGCGAUGCUCAUUUUGAUGAUGAUGAGCAAUUCACUGUCAAUGCAUAUGAAGGUACCAAUCUCUUUAUCGUUGCUGCGCACGAGUUUGGCCACAGCCUGGGUUUGGGACACUCGUCGGAAAUUACUUCCCUAAUGGCGGCAUUCUACCAAGGUUACAAACCUAACUACGAGCUACCUUACGAUGACCACGUGGGAAUACAAAGCCUCUAUGGUGCCCGCCAAGGAUCAAUACCAUCUCUACCCGAUGUGCCUAUAGCAGGAGCUCCCCCUGGACCACCAAGGCCCGAUCUCCCUGUCCCUAACACCCCGGAGCCUGGCCCAGAUCCACAUUGUGCAAACUCCUACAAUGCUAUAGCCAAAAUAAGAGGAGAACUUAUGUUAUUUAAGGGUAAGAGUUUUUGGAGGAUGAAUAUGAAAGGAGAACCUCUGGAGGGCUAUCCAAUAGACACAUCCAGAUUUUGGGAUCAGCUGCCCGUUAAACUGGAUGCUGCAUAUGAACGAAUUGAUGACAAAAUAUUAUUCUUUAAAGGUUCAAGUUACUGGGAGUACUUUUCCACAAACCGCGACCCUUCCUUCCCUCAUCCUAUUAGGGAGCUUGGUCUACCAGACGACAUUGAUGCUGCUUUGCCUUGGGGAGACACUGGGAAGACAUAUUUCUUCAAGGGUGACCUUUACUGGAGGUAUGACGAGAUAAAGAAAGAGGUGGACAGUGGAUAUCCUAAAAAAGUUGCCGAUAAUUGGGAUUCUGCCGUCCCCAGCAAUAUGGACACUGCCUUUAGGUUUAUAGAUGUUGAAACAAAAACUUGGUACACAUAUUUUGUGAGAAGUAAGAAAUAUUGGCGCUUUGACGAGAGCAGAGGCAAGGUGGACAAAGGAUACCCACGAUCUUUCAGCGAGGACUGGAUGGGAUGCAUCAAUCCAGAAAAUCUUGUCGAGACCAGUGAAGAGGAUGAGCCAGUAAUCGAACCACCCAAAACAGAUGCUGUAGUGAGCCCGGGUUCACAUGCAACCCGAGCUGUUGCCUGUGGAGUUCAUAUCUCACUGGUGGUUCUACUGUCGUGGUGUGUGAUUUGAUGACGUCAGUGACAAUUUAACAAAAAAACUUUUGUCCAUGAUUCGUACGUAAACAUGUGUGUUAAUUCGCUUAAUAGCAAAUGAAUGCUGCAGAGUCUCCAAUACUUGGUGUGUGUUAAAAAUAACAAAUAAUAACAUGUGAUGGAGAGUACAGGGUAGUGAGGAAUGGUUUAACACUUUUAUUUCUAACUUUGUACACACAAAUAUAGUGCCAAUUAUUUCACUUUUUCUGUUUUUGCAAAAAGUGGAUGGACAACAAGCUUUGUAUAUAAUAAUUUAUUAUUCUAUCGAUCGUUCCCAAACUUAUACAGGUUUGUCAGUUUAUGUGUAUGGUGUAUAACAUAAAGUGCCUACACUGCCAGCAACUGUUUUGUUAGCAAAAACCAAUUGUGUAAUGUUCCUUUCAGAUUUUGUGCAGCAAAAAGUAAAACUGUCCCGUGGAAUCACUGAAUAAAAAUCUUCAAUUUUAGCAGACUUCUUUUUAAACAAAUUAUAAAAAAGUGUUGAUUUUUAUUUUGAACAUUUUAAAUGCCCAGCCAUUUGUCAGUGGCUUUCCAUAUUAUGGUUCAUUACCUUCUAACCAAACCUGAAAGAGAAUAGAGUUAAAGAAACUUGAAUUACAUUUUUGAAACUUUGCAAGGGGGAUAUUCAAUCAGUUGAGUUUUGCGGAGACACCAUGUACGAGCUGCGAUGGUUCUGUACAUGGUGCCUCCACAAACCUCACUUGACAUUUUGCAAACCUAGAAAUUUCAAGAUUUUUGUGCAUUACAUUUGGUAGUGUCUGUUUUAAAAUAAAUUGUUUAUCAGGGGCAUUUUGGCCAAAUAUUUUCCUUUUGAAAAAAUAUGAAAACUUGGUGUGAAUAUUUAUACAAACAUGCCACAGAGAAGCACUUUUGAAAUAUCCAAAUAAAUUGGUUUAAAAUAUCUUCCUGUGCUUGAUCGAUUCUGUGACAUACACAGAGCGAUCAAUCAAACAGGCAUCGUGCCAAAGAGCAACUGGUCCUCUCUCAUUCCUCUUUGAUAUAGAUCUUGUUUCAUUUCUAACUAUAUGCAGUGUAGGGUGACGAUGUAAAAACAUGAUGCAUUUGAAGUGGAUUGGACCAAAAUAAGUUUUAAAGAAGGGAGCCCUCUGAGCAGUCUUUUCAGGUUAGCAAAAUCACCAUGGUUAAUUGAUUCCCUUCCAGGGGUAAGGAACGAGAGGUAUCGAGAGGUAUUCUUUAUCCCCUGAUGUAAAUUUAACAUCUAUUAAAUCGUUUGCAGUACCUGCUGCUAAAACAUAGGA